GCGAGGCGGGCUCUGGAGGCCGCUCGGGGGCUUGGACAGCAGCCCGAAGACGACACAGGGCUUCUAGCGACUGCACAGCGGCAGCGCGAUAGUUCUAACGGCAGUCUUAAAUCUGCCAGAGCUAGAUUGUGAACCCUUCUUAUCCUGGAAUUGCUCAAUGCUAAAACCAUUCAAAGGAAUAUUUAAGAAUCUGCAAACACAAUGGAUGGCUUUUAUGACCAGCAAGUCCCUUUCAUGGUUCCUGGGAAACUUUGCACAGAUGAAUGUCGUGGAAGGCCAGUGAAUGAGAGAAAAAGGAAAUUUCAAGACACUGAUCUGGCUCAUGAUUCUGAAGAAUUGUUUCAAGAUCUCAGUCAGCUUCAGGAGGCUUGGUUAGCUGAAGCCCAAGUUCCUGAUGAUGAACAGUUUGUACCAGAUUUCCAGUCUGAUAACUUGGUAUUUCAUGCACCACCACCAGCUAAGAUCAAGAGAGAACUGCACAGCCCAUCUUCAGAGCUGUCCACUUGUAGUCACGAGCAGGUGCUCUGUGCUAAUUAUGGAGAAAAGUGCCUCUACAAUUAUUGUGCCUAUGAUAGGAAGCCCCCCACUGGGUUCAAGCCAUUAACUCCACCCACUACCCCAGCCUCACCUGCACUUCAGAGCAGCGCCCUUCCGCCCCCACCUCUGCCCGCCACACCAGUGCAGACUCCUGCGCAUGUCAGUCCAGCAGGCCCUUUGCAGGGAGCUCCUCCUCCUCCUCCCCCUCAUCCUCUUCAGGAACCAAGGCAGCAACCCUUUGCUAUACCUCGGCCACCUCAUCAGCCUAUCCAGAUGCCAAAGAUAAUGCCUGAAAACCAGUACUCAACAGAACACAGGUUUCAUAGACAGAUGUCUGAACCUUGCCACCCAUAUCCUCAGCCAGGGCUUUCUGGAGACAAUCGCCCUGUCUACCACCGGCAGAUGUCAGAGCCUCUUGUCCCUGCUGCUGCCCAUCCUCCUCAGGGAUUCAAGCAAGAGUACCAUGACCCACUCUAUGAUCAUGGGGUAUCAGGUAUUCCAGGCCCCCCAGCUCAUGGAUUCCAGUCUCCAAUGGGAAUCAAGCAAGAGCCCAGGGACUACUGCAUUGAUUCAGAAGUGCCUAACUGCCAGUCGGCAUAUGCUACAGGAGGGGGAUACUUUCCCAACAACCAUGAUGGGUUCUCCUAUGAGAAAGAUGCCCAGUUGUACUUCGAUGACACCUGUGUUGUACCAGAAAGGAUGGAAGGUAAAGUGAAGCAAGAACCCACCGUAUAUCGGGAAGGGCCUCCUUAUCAGAGACGAGGAUCCCUCCAAUUGUGGCAGUUUCUUGUCACACUCCUGGAUGACCCAGCCAAUGCUCAUUUCAUUGCUUGGACUGGAAGGGGCAUGGAAUUCAAGCUGAUUGAGCCAGAAGAGGUAGCUCGUCGGUGGGGGAUUCAGAAGAAUCGACCAGCUAUGAACUAUGACAAGCUCAGCCGCUCUCUUCGUUAUUACUAUGAAAAAGGCAUCAUGCAAAAGGUGGCUGGAGAGCGGUAUGUCUACAAGUUUGUUUGUGAUCCUGAUGCCCUUUUUUCCAUGGCCUUCCCUGACAAUCAACGCCCAUUCUUAAAAGCUGAACCAGACUGCCAUGUGAACGAAGAUGACACCUUACCUCUGACGCAUUUUGAAGAUAAUUCUGCAUACCUCCUUGACCUGGAUCGAUGCAGCAGCCUCCCAUAUGCUGAGGCCUUUGCUUACUGACUUGCUCAGCAACUGACAUUGGAGACUUCAGCUCCAACAAAUAAGGGCAAAUUACUUUUAUAAAGAAUUUCUGUUCAUAAAACUGCUCCUUGCAGAUAUUAUCAGAAGAAGAUAAAUUACUUUGAGACCCUCUACCUUUGAAAACUGACUAUAACAUGGCUAAUGAA